AUGCCGAGACCAGUGGGGUCGUGCAAGGCCAUGGUAAGCGCCACGGGGACGUGCAAGGUUAUGGUGAGACCCAUAGGGACGUGCAAGACCAUGGUGAGCACUGUGAGGUCGUGCAAGGGCACCGUGAGCACCGCAGGGUCGUGCAAGGUUGUGGUGAGCGCCGUGGGGUCGUGCAAGACCAUGGUGAGCACCGCAGGGGCGCGCAAAGGCAGGGGGUCGUGCAAGGUUAUGGUGAGCCCCAUGGGGACGUGCAAGGCCACGGGGUCGUGCAAGGCCGUAGUGAGCGCCGUGGGGUCGUGCAAGACCAUGGUGAGCACCGCAGGGGCGUGCGAAGUCACGGGGACGUGCAAAGCUAUGGUGAGCACCAUGGGGACGUGCAAGGGGGCCGUGAGCAUCACGGGGUUGUGCAAGGCCACGGGGUCGUGCAAGGCCGCGGGGUCGUGCAAGGACAUAGUGAGCACCGAAGGGUCGUGCAAGGCCAUGGUGAGCACCACGGGGUCGUGCAAGGCCAUGCUGAGCACCACGGGGUCGUGCAAGGACAUAACCAGCACCACGGGGGCGUGCAAGACCACGGGGGCGUGCAAGGGGAUACUGAGCGCCGUGGGGACGUGCAAGGUUGUG